UCAUUCCAAAGGUUUGUGGAAAAACAGCAGAACAUUCAACAGCACAACAAUCAUCAUGCUGGGUUCUUGGAUUCUGGUUGUGGUUUGUGUCUGCCUUUUCUUCCUUUUCUACAGAAUCCAGAGGCCCAGGAACUUACCUCCAGGACCAAGACCCAUUACUAUAUUUGGAAACUUGUUUCAUUUUAACAUCAAAAAUCCUUUGAAAGACUUUGAGAAGUUGGCUGAGCAAUAUGGAAACAUUUACAGCCUGUAUGUUGGUACAAAACCAGCUGUUGUUCUUAAUGGUUUUAAAUCCAUAAGAGAAGCUCUGCUGACAAAAUCUGCAGACUUUUCAGGACGCCCACCAAGCCUGUUUAUGGAUAUAACUAAAGGAAAAGGAGUCAUAAUAGCCGAUUAUAGUCUACAAUGGAAGGAGCAUCGGCGCUUUGCUCUCAUGACCUUAAGAAACUUUGGCUUGGGAAAACAGUCUAUGGAGAACAGGAUUAUGGGGGAAAUUGAACAUCUUGUUGCAAAAUUGGAGAAAUAUGCUGGAAGUUCCAUUUCACCUCAGACUUUGUUCCACGAUGCUGCAUCAAAUAUCAUCUACCUAGUUUUGUUUGGCACCCGCUAUGAAUAUGGUGAUGAAACACUUAAAGUGUAUGUUCGUAUGUUUACCGAAAUUACAAAGCUUGCUCAAGGACCUUGGGCGAUGAUCUAUGAUGCACUUCCUGUGGUGAGGUCCUGGCCCCUUCCCUUUAAAAAAGGAUUUCAUAAUUACAGCAGACUUAAAACCUUAUCAGAGACCAUGAUCAACAAGCACAAGACAACAAGAGUCCCAGGAAAACCAAGAGAUUUUGUUGACUGCUAUCUGGAUGAGCUUGAGAAGAGUGGCAAUGAAUCCACUUUUAGUGAAGAAAACCUUGUGGCAUAUAUUAUUGAUCUACAUAUAGCUGGAACUGAUACCACAUCCAACACACUCCUUACAGCGAUUCUCUACCUCAUGGCUCAUCCAGACAUACAGAAGAAAUGCCAGCAGGAGAUUGAUGAGGUUAUGGAGGGAAAAUCUCAGGCAUCUUUUGAGGACAGACACAACAUGCCAUACACACAGGCUAUGAUUCAUGAGUGUCAGCGCAUUGCCAUUACUGUCCCUCUGAGUGUGUUCCACUGUACCACAAGAGAUACAGAACUGAUGAACUACACCAUACCAAAGGGAACAACGAUCAUCCCCAACCUGUCCUCAGUGUUACGUGAAGAAGGCCAGUGGAAGUUUCCUCAUGAUUUUAACCCACUGAACUUUCUAAAUGACAAAGGGCAGUUUGAGAAACCUGAGGCCUUCUUGCCCUUUUCUGCUGGGCCUCGUGUGUGUCUUGGAGAAGGACUGGCUCGCAUGGAGCUCUUCCUCUUCUUGGUUACUCUCCUGCACCGCUUUCAGUUUGUUUGGCCUGAAGAUGCAGGAGAACCAGAUUUCACUCCUGUGUUUGGAAUAACAGUUACACCAAAACCAUACAGGAUGAAAGUCAGGCUGAGACAGCCAUCUAGAGAAAUAUAGAAAUAAUAUAUAUCUACAAAUUAGAAACUACUUUAUGGCUCAUUAAGAAACAAUCCUACGUUUAUUCGCAUGUGAUAACUGUUCUAGUAAUAAAUGUUAUGUUGUAAUGAAAGUCUUUGUUGGCUGUUUUACAUUUAAUUAUGUAUAUUCUCAUGGCCUUACAUAUAAAAUCUUCAUCCAGAGCAACUUACAGAUGUGGCCAUUAAGAAUAUGUGUUUUUUCCUACAAGCUGCCAAUAUGAAAUAGAAUUUGAAUAAAUGUGUUGUGCUUCACUGAAUAUCCGCCAUAUGGUGCAUGGAAGGACUUUAUCUGAAGGCCAGACCAAGUACAACUAAGAACUGUAUAUAAUUAGUUAGCCUAAAACAAUAUUUUUUCCAAUGCUAAAGCAAACAUGAAUUUUAUUUUGUUUUACAACAGAUCCUCUAUGAUAAAUGUGUGUAUAUGUGCUUCAAAUUAUUUUCGUGAGAAAAUCGUGGUUUAAAGUUCCUAAUAAGUUUCUUAUAUAGUUGUUGUAAUGUUUUAACAGGGACAAAACAAUAAAAGUCAUGACAAUGCCUGGGUUUAAAUGGUCUCUGAUAGUAGGCUAUCUGAUAGUGUUAACUAUGCAAAUAUCCUGAUCCGUGAAUAUGCCAAUAUAUCUUAUUUAAAACGGAAAAAUGUGUCGACAUCAUCAGAAGACAUAAAUAAACAAAUUAUAUAUAUCAUAUUAAGUAAAUAUUAUUUUAUGAACAUGAAGUGCUCCUGGCUUUUUGUAAUAAUAAUUAUCAUGUUUUUUGCUGUUUGUUUCCAGCAUUAAAUAAAUAUUUCAUCCAUUAUUUGACCACAGGUGGAAAUAAUAGCAGGAAUGUAAUUGUGAAUUUAUGACUGAAAUAAAGCUGUUUGUUGGUGUGCAGAAA